AUGUCGGCUCAAAACAAGUUUACAACCUGCGAGUUUGUGCUAGAGAAAUGCGAUUUCUCCAAUGCACAGCUCGCACCGACAUGUGUUAAGAACUUCUGCCAAGGAGAGCCAUACGGCUUUGGCUCCUGCACAGUCGACUUCACUGGCAUGCCGACCCAGUGCUGCUCGCAAAGCACGGUUGGCGACGUUGCGCAGUGCAUGGCCGAGUUCCAGCAGCAAAAUGGAUUUGGCGUCUUUCACGAUGCUUGUCUUGCCGUUGAGCGUUACGUCGCCAGCUGCGAGAAGGCCAUCUCCAACUUUGAUAGCUCGUCCUACAAGAAGCAGGCUAGCUGUCUUUGCUAUGAUGGCAACAACAACUACGACCCAGACACGUGGGACAAUGCGGUAGCAACCUGUGUGAGCACGGGGCAAAGCGCUCAUCCGACCAUCUGGAGCGCAUUGGAGAAGAACUCUGGGGCGAUUGGCCUCUGCACCAAGUUUGCAGAUGCUGCCGCCACCGGCCCUGCAACGACCGGCCCUGCUCCAACAGAGGCAGCGAGCUUCACCGCCACUGGUGAUGCCUCUCCGGGAACAACGGCGGGUGGUGGCUCAUCGACCCCAACCGAGACAGGCUCAGCAGUGAGCAGCCCGACUGGUUCCAGCAAGCAGUCAUCAACUGCAACUCGCAGCUCAGCGGCAGCGGCCACCACGAGCAGCGCAGCAGCUCCUAGCAUUGGAGAGAUGGGCCAUGUUCGCAUGAAGUGGAUAGCUGUAGGCCUCGGACUGGCGCUGCCUGCGUUUAUGGCGACGCUGUAG